CAGGCCGAGUCCCCGAAGCGGGCUGCCCGGAGCCACCGGGUCGCACCGCCCGCGCGGGAGAGCCGUCCUGCGGCCUGGGAGCCAUGCUCUGCGGGCGGUAAUGUCCGCGGAACAAGAGAAGGAGCCCACGGGGCUGAAGAGAGCCCGAGGUGGUGAUAGUGGACUGGAUGGGUUAGGAGGACCAGGCAUACAACUAGGAAGCCCCAAUAAGAAAAAACGAAAGGCAAGUACACAGGGACCCUCUCUGCUCCCGCUGUCCGGGUAUGCUCCACCACCAAACCCGAACUCUGACCACCUAGUGGCUGCUAACCCAUUCGACGACAAAUAUAACACCAUUUCCUAUAAGCCACUGCCUUCCUCCAACCCUUAUCUUGGUCCCCGGUAUCCCGGCUUUGGGGGGUACAGCACAUUCAGAAUGCCACCUCACGUCCCCCCACCCCCCAGAAUGUCCUCCCCAUACUGUGGCCCUUACUCACUCAGGAAUCAGCCACACCCAUUUCCUCAGAAUCCCCCGGGGCUGGGUUUUAAUCGACCUCAUGCUUCUAACUUUGGGCCACAUGAUAAUUCAAAUUUUGGAAAUUCAGCUUAUAGUAAUGUACUAAAUCAGAAUGUUAAUAUGCCUAAUCAACAUUUUAGACAAAAUCCUACUGAAAACUUUGGUCAGAUGCCCCCACAGAAUGCUAGCCAAAUAUCUAACCCUGACUUGGCACCUAAUUUUGUUCUUGGAAACAAUUCAAAUUUUGCCUCUCCACUAGAACCGAAUCAUUCUUUUAUUCCACCCCCAAACACGUUUGGUCACACAAAAGCCCCUCCUCCAAAACAAGACUUCAGCCAAGGAACAACCAAAACCACCAAUCAAAAUGCAUCUGCACAUCCACCUCGCUUAAAUUUGGAUGACACAGUGAACCAGAGCAAUAUGGAAUUAAAAAGCGUGAAUCGAAACAAUGCAGCGAAGCAAGAGAACAGCCGCUUGAGCAGCGCUGAAACCACAACCAACAGCCACGCGAACGGCACACAGACCAAGCUGCAGCCGCCUUGCGCUGCGGCCGACACGGUGCGCCCGAGCAGGCAGCAAGCCCCCGGGGCCGUCGACCCCGUGUACCCGUGCGGCACCUGCACCAGCGAGGUGAACGACGACCAGGACGCCAUCCUGUGCGAGGCCUUGUGCCAGAAGUGGUUCCACCGCGUGUGCACGGGCAUGACGGAGACGGCCGACCAGCUGCUGACUGCCGAGGCGUCCGCUGUGUGCAUCUGCGACGCCUGCAUGGCCUACAGGGACGUGCGGCUGAUGCGCCAGCGGGAGCCGCCUGGCCUGGCCGCCUUGGGCAGCGAUGCGUGA